AUGAAGAUGCCAGAAGAGAUACCGUAUGUUUGGGACCUUAUCUUCCGGGCAUCCCCUCCAGAGGUGCUCAAAAUAGCAUGCGAGGUUUGCAAGCUGUUCAAUGAUCUGGCUACACCGCUGUUAUACCGAUCUGCCAUACUACGCAGGUCAGGGACCACCGGCGAGAACUGGGAUGUGUUGCCCAUCGAUUUCGAGGAAGAAGAUCCAGUGAAAGCCAGGGAUGUUGAAUCUAGUUUGUUCAACCGCCUUUGCGGCAGCGAGAAGCUGAGAGCUCGUACGCGGGAAUUGAUAGUCGUGAAAGAAGAAAGUGAUUGGGGCCCACGCUGGAUCAACGACUAUUCCAUUUUUGAUUUUCUGUUGGCUGGUCUGGUGGAGGGAAUGCCUAACCUGAGCAACGUCUAUUUUGAAGGUGACUGGCCUGUGUCGAAUGAGGUUGUGAUAGCACUGGGCAAACACGGAAAAUCGCCAAGGCUUCAUCUACUCAACCGUGAAUAUGGCAGAGAACCACGCAGACGCACAUGCUUUAUGCCCGCACCAUACAGGAAACGAGAGACGAUUGUACGGCCGAUUGUACGGACUUUGCAUAUCAGAGUGACACAUUUAGAUCAUUAUCCUGAAACACAUGUUGGGCAUGAUACAAUUCUCCGUGAGCUGUUCCAUGCAUAUCCUAACCUCGAAGAUUUACGCAUCUGGGCCAUUCCAUACCAACGCACUGGCAUCACUGGCAGUGACGGUAUGCCCGUCUUGAGUAACUUUCUGAAUUUUGUUUCUCCUGAAAACACAAGCGACGUGCCUGGAUCAAUGCUUUCCUUGAACGGCUACGUUCUUUGGCAUGAUGUCUCCUUCUGGCGUGAGCAAUUCCCGUGGCAUAAACUGAGAUCUCUGAGUUUGGGUCCAUAUGAGUGUCCACGAUUCCUUGAGAGUGUUGGUAGCUGUGUACAAAACCUAACCAGUUUCACCAUCACGCAGUUCUGCAAACGGACGGCGAUGACCCAUGCAGGGCUUGACGCAUUCUUGUCAUCCUUCAGUACAUUGGAAAGGCUCACUGCCAAGGGAUAUGUCCCUUCGGUACAAGCCGUGGCCCAUCACCCGCAUCUGAAACACCUUUGCCUGCACGCCAUCGAGUAUCCCGACCGAGAAAGACCAACUCUCAGUCGGGCGGAAAUAGAGCUCUUGGACCAGUCGUGCCCAAACCUCAUUUCACUAGAUAUCGAUAUCAAUCCGAAUAUGGAUGGUACAUGGCCUGAUCCAAUCAUCGAAUCUUUGGCAACAAGAUUCCACAACCUUAACCAGUUCUUCAUCCAUGUUGAGCUGGGAAUUCGGCGAAUGGAGCUGGAGUGGCAGUUAAGAUUUCAAGUGGGACGACAACUGAAUCAACAAACAAAGCAAGACCUCAGAGAGCAAUUUGACAAUUACUCUGAUGAUUCUGACGAUUCAAUGUGCGAGAUGGACGCAGCAGACACUCAGGAUUAUGACGAAUGCAGAGAUGCAUGGAACGCUUCAGUACUGACCAGGUCCAAAGCACAAGACUUUGGAGAGCGCUUCUUUGGUCAGAGACAUGAGUCUUUGGCUCUUAAGAAAAUGACCUUGAGGACCGGCGAGACGCUGCGCCAGUUUUCGGGGCAGCGUCCGGACUAUGCACUUGACGAGGACCAUCAUCAGAGAGUCUUUGAGAUCUGUGCUCCUUCGGAUAAGAGUGUUGAGGUGGUUGUCAAAGAACUGUAA